AUGGCACACGCAACACGUGAUCACGUGCUGAGAGUUGCGAAUGAAGCAGAUUUCAUUUUGAAUCGUUUGCGAGCUGAGGAUGUGACUAAACACGCUCAGUUUGAGGGUGAUGCGGCGGAACAAAUGCAUAAACGACGUCGAGAGGAGACAAUCAACGAGCACUUGAUAACGGCGAGUCGACGGCGUGAUCAACUGAUCGCCACUCGUCUAAUCGAUAAGAUCACCACAAUUCUGACAAGUACGAGUGGUGCGUGGGCUGAUAAUAAGCAUGACGUCGAAAAGUUUUGGAAAUUGGACGUAUGGGAGGAUGACUCAAGACGUCGUAAACGAUUUGUUCCAAAUCCAUACGGAUGUCACCAUUCAUCAGCACACCUGAAGACAGUGCUAGAAAGUGGUUCAUCUGCACAGGAGGUUGAGAAAGCACGAGAGGAGCUUUUGAAAGAGUUGGUGGCACGAAGAGUGCUGUCGUUGGGUUCGCUGAAAACUGGGUCAGCGCUGGGCGAGCUUGUUGACGAGAGUGACAUCGACAAGUGGGCAUCUGAACCGGAACCAAAUGUCGACUUUCAACGAGAAAAUACAUCGUACAGUACACCGGGCCGUUUGAUUGCUCCGGGCGUUGUUGUGCCAGGAACGUUGUCGAUAACGAACAGUGAGUUGUACUUCGACGCAGACGAAGAUCAUCCACUCUAUCAACAACAGGAUGUCAAGGUUUCUGGUGAAGCUGAGUAUGUAAGAACAAUUGCAAUUGAUCAUUUGUAUCGUUUGAGUGGAAGACUUCUGAAGGAAGGGUGA